GCCCAAGCACGUUCUCGACUUGCCCCACGUCCACCGCCAAGCUCGAGCCAUUGCCUAUAAGGAGUCCAGGUCCCCAGCACCAGCUGUCCUCGACACACCUCUCCAUCUUCCUCCCCCCCUCGCACUCCCAGACCACAAUGGCAUCUCGCGCGAUCCCUUCCCAUCUGAAGCCCUCUGCUGCCGAGGGCGACGGCGGCUUCUCCUCGCAGCGCCACCACGGCAAGUCGCAGUCCCAUGUGGCUUUCGAGAACACAUCGACCAAUGUCGCCGCCUCGCAAAUGCGCAAUGCGCUCAACAAGCUCGCCGAUACCGUCACCGACCCCGCUGAGAAGAAGUACUUCGAGACGGAGAUGGACAACUUCUUUGCCCUGUUCCGCCGCUACCUCAACGACAAGGCCAAGGGCAACGCCAUUGACUGGAACCGCAUCGCUCCCCCCAAGGCCGAGCAGGUUGUCAACUACGAUGACCUCGCCAACACCGAGGGCGUCGAAUACCUGAACAAGCUGGCAGUUGUCAAGCUCAACGGUGGUCUCGGUACCUCGAUGGGAUGCGUUGGCCCCAAGUCGGUGAUUGAGGUCCGUGACGGCAUGUCGUUCCUGGACCUGUCGGUGCGACAGAUCGAGUACCUCAACCGCACAUACGACGUCAACGUGCCGUUUGUGCUGAUGAACUCGUUCAACACCGACACCGACACUGCCAGCAUCAUCAAGAAGUACGAGGGCCACAACAUUGACAUUCUCACAUUCAACCAGUCGAGGUACCCGCGUAUCCUCAAGGACUCGCUGCUGCCCGCCCCCAAGGACUACAAGUCGGACAUUGCUAACUGGUACCCUCCCGGCCACGGUGACGUUUUCGAGUCUCUGUACAACACGGGCAUGAUCGACAAGCUCAUGGACCGUGGCAUCGAGUACAUUUUCCUGUCUAACGCCGACAACUUGGGCGCCGUGGUUGACGUUCGCAUCCUGCAGCACAUGGUCGACUCCAAGGCCGAGUACAUCAUGGAGCUGACAGACAAGACCAAGGCCGACGUCAAGGGUGGUACCAUCAUCGACUACGAGGGCUCUGUGCGUCUGCUUGAAAUUGCCCAGGUGCCCAAGGAGCACGUCAACGAGUUCAAGUCGAUCAAGAAGUUCAAGUACUUCAACACCAACAACAUCUGGAUGAACCUGGCGGCCAUCAAGCGCGUGGUCGAGGCCAACGAGCUUGCCAUGGAAAUCAUCCCCAACGGCAAGUCGAUCCCUGCCGACAAGAAGGGCGAGGCCGACAUCUCUGUGCUCCAGCUCGAGACUGCUGUCGGUGCGGCCAUCAAGCACUUCAAGAACGCACAUGGUGUCAACGUUCCCAGGAGACGAUUCUUGCCCGUCAAGACAUGCUCUGACCUCAUGCUUGUCAAGUCUGACCUGUACACGCUGCAGCACGGUCAGCUGGUCAUUGACCCCAACCGCUUCGGCCCUGCCCCCCUGAUCAAGCUCGGCAGCGACUUCAAGAAGGUGUCGAGCUUCCAGUCGCGCAUCCCCUCGAUCCCCAAGAUUGUCGAGCUCGACCAUCUCACCAUUACCGGCCCCGUCAACCUGGGCCGCGGCGUGACGCUCAAGGGCACCGUCAUCAUUGUGGCGACCGAGGGCUCGACGAUCGACAUUCCGCCGGGUUCCAUCCUGGAGAACGUGGUUGUGCAGGGCUCGCUCAGGCUGCUUGAGCACUAGAGCAACCAAGCGGGUGUUUUGUUUGCGAUUUGACAUAGAUUUUUGAAGAAUAGGGGCCUUAUUGGGGGCGACGGGUAGCGAUGGAUGGCAAAGCAUUUGCAUGGUCCUGGAGCGGA